AUGCUCACCGAGCUCGCAGGUAGUGCGCGAGCCGGGGCAAUGUUGGGACUGAGUAUGUCUUUUUCAACGUUGGGAACGGUCAGCGGACCGAUGCUCGGGGGUGUUUUGUUAGGCUGGUUCGGAUACUGGCCAGCUUGGUCCCUGCCAAUGGUUCUGCUGAUCCUCGACAUGAUUGCGCGUUUUGUUAUGUUUCAGCCUGAUUAUCAGAUAUUGGAUUCCCAGUCUCCAAUCAGACUUGCAAACCGCAGCAAGCUAUGUCAAAAUGUCCCCGAAGCGUCCCCCUUCCUGCCCCAAUCACCUUCAUUUGACCCAGAUACCACAACAAAAGCGGAGUCUUCCAGCCCUGCAACCACGGAAUAUCGCAACUACUACACCGUAAUGCUCCAAGACACUGGAAUGUGGGCAGCCGUUGUGAACACAAUGUCCCAAGCCGCACUCCGGGCAGCAUUCAACGCCACUCUACCCGUGUAUCUUCGAGAUACAUUUAACUGGGGCCCAUCAUCAGUCGGGGCGAUAUUCUUUGCUCUUCAAGUCCCUAUCAUCUUCUUGUCUCCCCUAUUUGGCCACCUCCGGGAUCGUGUCGGUAUGCGAUAUCCAACGGCAGUCGGUUGGGCUCUUCUAUGCCCGUUGAUGUGUUACUUAGGUGUACCUGGCAGGGAUGUUUCCCAGGCUAGUGGAAACCACAAAGAUGCAGAAGUAGCCUUUAUUGUAUGUAUAUGUGGUAUCGGGUUAGUGAUGUCGUCAGUUCAAGGUGCCGGGUCGUUUCAUAUGAGGUUCCUCCUAGAGGAAGUUGAAAAAGAUACUCCCACCUUGUUUGGGCCCAAUGGUGGGCGCGCGAGGUGCUUCGCACUGGUGUCUAUCUCGUUCAACGUCGGUCUGAUGCUCGGCCCGGUUGUUACUGGGCUCCUGUUUGAGAGUGCAGGAUACUAUUAUAUGAAUAUUGUUCUGGGUGUGGCCUGUAUGGGAGUGGCGGUGGUGACGUUGAUGUUCUGCUGA